UUGAACCCUUAGGUACACAAUGGCUGCGUUCGAUGCACUGACCAAUCUUAUACAAACAAUACAUGAUCCACCCCAAACCUUUGUCCUUCAGUCCCACGUUUCAAACCAUUCUUGGCAGGUCAAGCUCUUUCUGAUCGCCUCUGAGCUAAAAUGCUUUGCCUCCGCUAAGCAUGAGGAGAUUUCUAGAGACCGUAAACUAGUUGCAGGAGACAAAGAAGCGGCAUUCAAUGAUUGGAAGACAUUGGCGGAGUUCAUCCGUUCAAAGAUUCUUGGGGGGGACUUGCAUGUAGCGAAGUGGGGAACAUCGAAGGUUGAAAUCAUCAUUGACCCUGGUCGUCAAUCAUCCUUGACAAUCCCGGUGACGGCGCUAGAUGAAAGCGAUGCAACGGGCAUGGUGACUGACUUGAUCUAUCUGGUGGCCAAUGACGCCAGGGAGAACCGUCGUUGUGCCUUGAUACCGCCCUGCCAUCCUUUGGAGGAUGUCGAAACACCCUCACCAUCCACCUUGAGAAUUGUUAAAUCGAUAAGAGAUCAACCUCAAAUCGAUAACCCAUCGACAGAUGAAGUUCAGCAGAAAGAGCUGACUAAGUUGAAGAAGGCGGAACUGGCUGCGAAAGAAGAUGAGCUUGCCCAAGAGAAGGCCAGGCCGAAAGUAGAAAACACCCGACCUGUUGCAGUCCCACCCAAAGCCGUAGCAGGCGCCUCUACUGCGAUGCCGGGUCAUGCGAGGCGGGUAAUCAAACGUGCGCAAUUUUCGGAUGAAGAGGAGGACGAGGAACCCCCGAAGGGAAAGCUUCCCGCCCCUGCCAGCAAGGGGAUUGGGAAGAAUCCCGAUGUUGCCAGCGAUGCAGCCGAGAAAGGGAAACAGAGGAAGCACCCUCCGCCGCAUGGGACUAGGAUCGUAAAGCGAGCGGAAUUUGAGGAUGACAAUGACGAGGAUGAGGAGGCGGCGUUAGCGAUGCAACAAAAACCCUCUUCCUCGGCUCGUGCCGCAGCUCAAGCGGCUCCAACCAGUCAGACCAAGACAAAGCCGAAGUCUCCACCUCCACCUCGGAAGCGGGUUAUCCGCAGAGCGGAUUUUGAGGACGAUGAAGACGAAGAUGAAGACGUGCCUAUUGUCAAGAAGAGGAGGAAUUAAAUAUAUCAGACGGGACGUUUAGAUUGUUCUAAUCUAAGCUCUAUGUUGCACGAU